UGAUGAUAUGAGAGUGAUCCGUAUCCAAAUCCAAGUAGCUAGAAUCGUUGACAUCUGAUUUUAUGCAUAAAACUAUAAAAGAUGUUUUCCAACCGAUUCAUUGUAUAUGCUAAGAAAACAUAAAAAUAAAAUUAUUACAUUGGUGGAAAAGCUAAAGAGGUAUGCAAAUUGAUCAAACAAAUGCAACACACAUACACAAAUGAACCAAAUAUCAACACAAUCCAUGCAACACUUUACACAAUUACUAAAAACAUGCAUUUCAAACAAAGAUUUACUAACAGGAAAAACCCUGCACACUCUUUACAUUAAAACCCUAAUCCCACAUUCUGCAUACCUUUCAAAUCACUUCAUUCUUUUAUACUCAAAAUGCCGCCAUCUGGCGAGUGCCCGAAAAGUCUUUGAUCUUAUCCCACACCCAAAUGUGUUUACUUUCAAUACCAUUGUCUCAGCCUAUGCUAAAGAAUCCCAACCCCACAUUGCCCACCAACUGUUCGACGAAAUUCCUCAACCAGAUGUUGUGUCGUAUAACACGCUUAUUGCAGCUUAUGCUGAUCGCGGUGAAACCCGGGUUGCAAUUGGGUUGUUUAAGGAAAUGCGUGAGUUGGGUUUUGAAAUGGAUGGGUUUACAUUCUCUGCUGCUGUUACUGCUGCUUGUAAAGAUAUCGGUUUGGUUAGACAGCUUCAUAAGUUGGCGAUCGCGGGUGGUUUUAUUGGUUAUAUAUCGGUGAAUAAUAGUCUUGUUACGUAUUAUAGUAAAAACGGGUAUUUGGAUUAUGCAAAAUGGAUUUUUGAUGAUUUGGGUUGUGAGAAAGAUGAGGUGACUUGGAAUUCGAUGAUUGUGGCGUUUAGUCAGCAUCGAGAAGGACUAAAGUCACUUGCUUUGUAUAUGGAAAUGGUUAGUUUGGGGUUUAGGAUUGAUAUAUAUACUUUAGCUAGCGUUUUAACUGCGUUUACUUGUUUAGUAGAUUUACGUGGUGGAAUUCAGUUUCAUUGUCAGUUAAUCAAGAAAGGUUUUCAUCAGAAUACACAUGUGGGAAGUGGCUUGAUUGAUAUGUAUUCAAAGUGUAAUGCAGGGAUGUCGGAUUGUAAGAAAGUAUUUGAAGAAAUAGUUGAACCGGAUUUGGUUCUGUGGAACACCAUGGUUUCUGGGUAUUCACAAAAUGAUGAUCUUUCAGAAGACGCACUACAUUGUUUAAAACAAAUGCAACGAGAAGGUUAUCGCCCGGAUGAUUGCACAUUUGUUUGUGCCAUUAGUGCAAGUUCAAAUCUUUCGUCACCGACUCAAGGGAAACAGAUACAUUGUCUGGCACUUAAAUCCGAUAUUCCAACAAAUAGGAUAUCUGUAAACAAUGCGCUAAUUACCAUGUACUCAAAAUGUGGAAACUUGCAAGAUGCAAGGCGGGUUUUUGAUAAUAUGGAAGAGCACAAUACCGUCACGUUAAAUUCAUUGAUCACAGGUUAUGCCCAACAUGGAUACCAAAUAGAGGCAUUAAGUCUUUUCGAACAUAUGCUUAAAACGAAUAUAUCCCCUACAAGUAUUACGUUUAUAUCAAUCCUGUCCGUGUGUGCACAUACAGGAAAGGUUGAGGAGGGAAGAAAGUAUUUUAAGUUGAUGACUGAAAAUUUUGGUAUAGAACCAGAGGAAGAACAUUAUGCAUGUAUGAUAGACCUUUUUGGGCGAGCGGGUAAACUCAAUGAAGCUGAAAGACUUAUUGAGAGCAUGCCUUUUAACCCUGGUAUUGUAGGAUGGGGGUCUCUGCUUGGAGCCUGUAGAACCCAUAACAAUCUUGAGUUAGCCAUUAAAGCAGCCAAACAGUGUAUACUACUUGAACCUUCUAAUGCAGCCCCGUAUGUGAUUCUUGGACACAUGUAUGGCAAAGCCGAUAAAUGGGAUGAAGUGGCAAUGAUCAGAAAGUUAAUGAAAAAUAGUGAAGUGAAAAAGAUUCCCGGUUGUAGUUGGAUUGAGAUAAACAAGAAGGUUCAUGUGUUUGUUGCAGAAGAUAGCUCCCACCCGAUGUUGAAGGAGAUUGCAAAGUUUUGGGAAGUAUUGUUAGAAAAGAUGAAGGAAGCAGGGUAUGAACCAGAUGUUAAAUGGGCAAUGGUUAGAGAUUAUGGAAUAAGGGAAGAUGAAAAAGAGACGAGUUUAGGGCGUCACAGUGAGAAACUAGCUGUCGUAUUUGGGUUGUUAUCAACUAAAGAUGGGGAGCCUCUUUAUGUGGCAAAGAAUUUACGAAUAUGUGGGGAUUGUCAUAACGCAAUCAAGAUUAUAUCAGGUCUGACUGGUAGGGAGAUUACAGUUAGAGAUGCUCGCAGAUUUCAUUGUUUUAAGGAUGGACGAUGUUCGUGUGGAGAUUAUUGGUAAACAUUUUUUUGAUUCAAUACUUUGAUAAUUUGAACAUUCAACAUAUACUUUUGCUAUGCUCACCAAGUCACAUUUUGCAUAAAGAAUUCUAUAAACUUCAAUGAUUCGACUUCAAGUGGAAAA